GCUGAUGAGGGAGGAGCAAAGGAGUCGAAAAUGCCGGGAGAAUCAAGACAAUCUACAGCAGUUAGAGGCGAAUAUCUCAAUGCGAAGCCAAAAUUCACAUUGAUCCUGCUCUUGAUUGAACUAGUAUGGUGUAUUGCUGGAUCUCUUGUAUGGGGAGCUGCUGCCGAUAAUCCAGUACUCCCACAACUUCUUGCCAUUUUCAAUAUGCUCAUCAUAUUUGCGCUCAUUUUGGCCUGCCUGAGUACAGAGUACUUUCGAUUCCAAGUCAGGCGAGAAGACACUAGAUCAGACACGCGUUAUUUUGUGCCAUAUGCAUGGAGAUAUGUGCUUUGCGAAGCUCACGUUGCUAGAGCAUUGCUACUUUGUGCCAACAUAACAAUUAUGGCAUUCGACAAUGAUUUCGAUAUAGGAUCAAUUAUCGUCCUUGCGGCCACCCCACUUCAUCUCAUCUUAACUUCUUUACAUAUUUUCAUUGCUUUUAAGCCAAAACGGCAGUGA